AUGAAUUUUGGAAAGUAUUUCUACUCGCAUGAUUAUCAAAGUUAUGGCCCAUCUAUGUCAGAGCCAUUUUUAUAACAGACAAAAUACAACUCAAUAGAUGCAUAAGAGGAUUGUUUAGAUUUAGAGUUCAAUGCAAUAUAAAUAAGGAAAGAUGUUAAAGACAAUAAAAAGGGAAAAAAUUAGUUGCUUCAAGAAAAUGCUAAAUCUCAAGUGCUAUUGAUCAGAAAUUUAGUUGAUAUGGGUUACAAUUAUGGACUAAUCAAGAGACUUCUCUGCAUUCAUAAGAUAAAUAGUGUAGAGUAAGCAGUCCAGUUAUUAAGUAAAGAUGACAUUGGAUUAUUAUCACAUCCCUAUCAUAAGUUGAAAUUAUCAGUUGAAAGCGUAUGUUACAUUUGCCAUGAGGAUGAGAUAAAGCAUAAUAACCAGAAUUCUUAAGUAUUUUAACAUAUUACCUCACCAAUAAUUUCCUUGCCCAGACAUUUGCAGACAAAAGAAUCUAGACUUUCUAUCAUUGGUGGUGAUUCUACAUAGAAGCAAAUUGACACUAUAGACAUAAACCAUCAAUCAUAAAUGUAGGUAGAUGCUAUAGCUCAAUCAGACUCUCCAUUCAUUUCAUACUACUCAGAAAACAUAUAAAAUAACUAAAUAGUUGGCACAUUUGAGUGUCUAAUUUGUUAUGAUCUAUGUACUUAAGGAUAGCUUCUGAAUAUUUAAGGAUGUGGCCAUGUAUUCUGCUAAAGUUGCGUAAUUUCUUAUUUGCAAAACUUGAUUAAUACAAGACAAAUUACAAAGCUUGUUUGUCCUUAAUACAAAUGCGGAUAGCAGUUCCAAUACUCUCAUUUAGCUGGAAUUCUAGAUUAAUAGACCUUAGAAAAAUUUAAUUGCUUUAAUGAUGACUUGAAAAUAAUGCUUGAUAAGAACAGAGUUUACUGUCCAAAUCCAAAAUGCAAUAAAUAAAAUAUGACAUGUGAGUAAAUUCUUGCUCAAGAGAUGGGAGAUUGGUUCACUGGAAGUGAUUUCUCUAACUGUCCAAAGUGUAGAUGUAGUACUGGUUGGUGUUGGCUAUGUGGAGAAAUAUGCAGCUAUGCUCAUUUCUUACCAUUUAAUCCAAUGGGUUGUCCUGGAUUGAUAGUUUCACCGAGUGGAAGAAUAGCUGUGAUGGUAACUUUGUUUUUAACAUUUUUGUUACUUCCAGCAGUGAUGCUUAUUUGCACUAUGAUUUUUAUGUCAAUGGUGUUUAUCUUUGGAAUAGUAGAAUUAAACUAGUGCUUGGGAAUGGGAAAGAGGAAUUUCAAGAAUGCAAAUAUAAUCAUUAAGAUUUUGAUUGUGCUUGUGUAUAUAGUUGAAAUUUGUAUUGCCCUUGUAUUAAGUGCUUGUAUUUCAAUAUUCCUAGUAGUUCUUACGAUUAUACCAGCUUAUUUAUUCCAAAUAAUAAAAAUAAUCAAGACAAUAAACCACUGGAUAAAUAAGUCAAAUGACUUGUCAAGAUAAUUAUAAAAAAGAAAUUAAGAUUAAAACUAAGGACCAUAACCUGAACUAGAAAUAGAAUUAAAUCCAGAAAAUGUUCCAAUCUUAGUAAAGCUCCAUGAUUAAGAAGAUUAUAUAGAGAAAUUUGAUAGUUCAAAGAUAGAUUGA